CCUUCGAUCGAGGCAGCUGAGCGGUCACCGGAUAGGUCCUAUUGGCUAUAGCCCGGCACCGGAUUUAGUGGUUAGGAUGUAAGUGGGCAGGCAAGGCGUAUAACUACCGGAAGCAAGGGGUGAGGAAGACAUCCGCUGCACGGUACGCCUCGCUCCGAAUUCCAACACCAUGCCCUCUGUAGCGCUUAACGGGACCAACGGCGUCAACGGCGCGACCAGUGCUGCGCCACCGAAGGGAGCGAAGCCUAACAUUGCGAUCUACACGAACGCCAAACAUGAGUUGUUCCAAAGAGAGAUUCCAUAUCCCGAGAUCGGUCCCGACGACUGCCUUGUGCAGGUCCGCUGUACCGGUAUCUGCGCGUCCGACGUGCAUUUCUGGAGAUCAGGAUGCAUCGGUGACAUGAUCGUUCGCGAGGACAUGAUCCUCGGUCAUGAGAGCGCGGGCGAAGUCCUCGCCGUCGGCGCCAAUGUCACCAGCAUCAAUCCCGGUCAGCGUGUCGCGAUCGAGCCCGGUGUACCCUGCGCAGCAUGCAAGCACUGCGUCGGUGGUCGGUACAAUCUUUGCCCUGAAGUCAAGUUCGCCGCCACCCCACCCACCGACGGCACUCUCCGCCGCUACAUGGCGCACCCUGCCAAGUACCUCUUCCCCAUCCCCGACCACAUGACCUACGCGCAGGCAGCACUCGUCGAGCCCUUCUCCGUCGCCCUCGCCGCUGUCGACAAGUGCAACCCUCGCGUCGGGCAGCCGGUCUUCAUCGCUGGCGCGGGCCCCGUCGGACUGGCGACGGCGCUGUGCGUGCGCGCGGCAGGCGCCUCCCCGCUUGUAAUCUCCGAUCUGGAGGAGAGCCGGUUGGAGCAGGCGAGGCGACUUGGGUUCAACGCGCUGAAGAUAGAGUUGAACUGGACGAGGGACGAGGUGGCGCACAAGAUCAGGGAGGCGAUGGGCGAGCGGUGUGCGCCGGAGAUAGUGUUUGAGUGCACGGGGGCGCAGACAAGUAUCCAGAGCGCGAUCUAUGCGGUCGAGGACGGUGGCACCGUCGUGCAGGUCGGCUGCAGCAAGCCCGACGUCGAAAUACCAUACGCCGCGAUGGCAUUCCGUGAGGUCAACAUCGUCACUACUCUACGCUACCACAGCACAUGGGAGAAGAUGGUCCGCCUCCUCGGCGACCGCUACUUCGGCGAUGUCGACCACCUUGUAACGCACACAUUUCCACUCGAGCGCGCCGAAGAUGCGUUCAAGCUAUGGCUGGACCGCAGUGCGAACGCGAUCAAGGUGCAGAUCGUAGACGAAUCGUAAUGCAGAGCCGAACGUGUAGGAUGUCGGUGAUUUGAGCCGGAUACCUGGGGCUUCGAGGGGCAAUGUAGUACUAUUAUUACUAGACACACGCUUUCCGUAUUCCAUCACCGUAAACCAGCAGAUGCUAGGGGCUGUCUACGCAACCUACUUCGGGGGAUCGAGCAAGAGUCAAAGCGGG